AUGACAGAGCACAAGUCGAGAGAAUACGCCCCUUUGGAUGAAAAAGACCGGACUAAGCCAUUAUCUACAUAUCUCUAUUUUGUUCAUAUCUUCUCUCUCUCUGUCUCUCUCUCUUUCUCUUUCUCCACCACCCCUUUUCAUUCCAGUAAGACAUUUUCUCCCCUCCAUAUUUCUUCCUUUCUGUCUGUCUUUUUUAUCGCCCUUUUAAUUCCUAAACCAUUUUCUACCCCCCUCUAUGUCGUUCACAUCUUUUUCUAUCUCUCUCUCUUUCCCUCUUUCUCCCUUUUCACUUCAACAUUUCUUCUAUCUAUAAUCUUUUUGCCAUUAUUAUUGCAAAGUAUUUUUGACUUUCCUAAAACUAUCUCACUGAUGAUGGUCGGCUUACCCCCCCCUCUCUCUCUCUCUCUCUCUCUCUCUCUCUCUCUCUCUCUCUCUCUCUCUCUCUCUCUCUCUGUGUGUGUGUAUUUACAAUCGGUUUAA